AUGAUCAAUUUGGUCACCAAAGCAGACAAAUUAUUAUGUACCAACUUCCCGGUCAACCAAAGGCAGCUCCAACGGUCAAAUAUUCGUCAAACAAACAAAACUAACAAAAACGAAAAUGGCUUCUCACUCAUCACUCUAAAACAAUGCCAACCUCUAUUUUCUCUCUCUUCAUCGCACUCACCACCGCCGCCGCCCUCCUCCCGGUGGCGUACUCCCAACCCACCACCCUACCCCAACUGCAACCGCACCUUCUCAUGCGGCUCGAUCACCAACAUCACCUACCCCUUCACCGGCGGCGACCGCCCCUCCCACUGCGGCCACCCGGACCUGGCGCUCACCUGCCGGAACGACGCCGUCACCGAGUUGACUCACCUCUCGCUCUCCUACCGCGUCCUGCAGUUCGAUCAAACCCUUAACACCCUCGUCCUCUCACGCUCCGACCUAUACAAUAACACCUGCCCGUCGGAAUUCCGCAACACCACCCUCAACGCCACCCUCUUCUCCUCCGACGAAACCCUAAACGAGGACCUCACCUUGUUCUACGGCUGCAACACCUCCGCCAUGAGUUUCAAACCGUACAACCUCUUCACCUGUAAUUCCGCCGGUCUCAAUUUCACCGACGCAUACCAUUUGAUCGGGCCGGUUCCCCGUGACCCGGUUCUGAAUAUCAUACACUGCAGCGAAAGCAUAGGUGUCCCGAUUUUGAGGGAUGCCGGCGAUCGGCUCACGAGUUUGAGGCUUAGCCUCGGGGAAGCGUUAAUGCAGGGGUUUAGUGUGAAUUACACGGUUCCUUUCCGAAGAUUGUGCUCCGAGUGUGGUAGGUUGGGUGGCGAAUGCGGGUUUGACUCGGUUACGGGUCAACUCGUUUGCGUUUGCGGCGAUAGGCCUUGUCCUUUCGCUUUGGCACCCCCCCCUGAAGGUAGCCCAAAUGCUACCGAAGGGCUUCCGAUAGGUGGUGCAGUUCUUGCUGGUGUCGGACUCGGAUGGUUAAUUUUCUACUGCAGGCAACGGAGUAAGCAGCGCCAUCAACGCCUUGCGUCUCGAUCAACCGAAGCUACGAGCAAGGAAAUUACAAAUCCGUCGAGUAGCAAACCUCUCUCGACAACUCUUUCAACUAAUUUCAGUACAAGUGUCCCUUCUUAUCCGUCUUCGAAAUCCGAUCUUGGUAGGGGCAGUGCGUAUUUUGGUGUGCAGGUUUUCAGUUACGAAGAUCUCGAAGCAGCUACCGAUAGUUUUAAUCCUUCUCGAGAGCUCGGAGAUGGUGGAUUUGGCACCGUUUAUUAUGGGGUUUUGUCCGACGGUCGUAUAGUAGCCGUGAAACGCCUAUACGAGAACAACUUCAAGCGCGUGGAGCAGUUCAUGAACGAGGUCGAGAUCCUCACCCGCCUACGCCACAAAAACCUCGUAGUCCUAUUCGGUUGCACAUCCAGGCGAAGCAGAGAAUUACUUCUCGUCUACGAGUACAUACCCAACGGAACCGUAGCCGACCACCUCCACGGAAAACGGGCCGGGUCAGGUCUACUGUCAUGGCCCGUUCGCCUCAACAUCGCCAUUGAAACAGCCGAAGCGCUAUCUUACCUCCACAUAUCAGACGUCAUUCACCGAGACGUGAAAACCAACAACAUCCUUUUAGACAAUGAUUUCCACGUAAAAGUUGCUGAUUUUGGUCUUUCGAGGUUAUUCCCGAAUGAUGUCACUCAUGUAUCGACCGCUCCACAAGGGACACCUGGCUAUGUGGACCCUGAGUACUACCAGUGCUACCAGCUGACCGAAAAGAGCGACGUGUAUAGUUUUGGGGUUGUUUUGAUCGAGCUUAUAUCUUCGUUACAAGCGGUGGAUACAAAUAGGCACAGGCACGAUAUUAACUUGGCCAAUAUGGCGGUCAACAAGAUUCAGAAUCGUGCAUUGCAUGAGUUGGUUGAUUCGAGUAUUGGGUUCGAGACGAAUGUUACAGUGAGGAGAAUGGCUACGCUGGUUUCGGAAUUGGCUUUCCGGUGCUUGCAGCAGGACAGAGAAACGAGGCCUUCGAUGGAAGAAGUGGUCGAGGCUUUGAGAGGGAUCAAGAAUGAAGAUAUGAAUUCACAUAGGGUUGAUAUUGUGGAUAUAUUAGUGGACGGUGAUGUGGGCCCGCCUGGUUCGAUCGAGAAAUCGGGUGGUGGGUCCACGCCGAAUUCUAGUGGGUGAAGGUAAAUUAUAUUACAUUGUCUUUGAGUUGUGAGAGAAAUUUGAUGGUGUUUAAUGUUUAUUUGUGUGUAGAAAUUACACUGGUUUUUGACAACAGAAUUCUGAGGGAAUGUACAUAUUACAUGGAGAUUACCUACCUGU